UGCUCUCAAUGAAAUUUGCACUCGCGCCAUUUCGUCGCUGAGUUGGACGGAACUUUUCUCACGUCUUCACCGGUGGAAACUCGGAGCAAAAGGCUACUCGUGCUGAAUCUGAUUCAUCCGCGUCGGGCCGAUGGGUGGAGUCAGCGUGCUGACGCAGGAGGAGUCGGAGAUCCCCUAUUGGUCCACGGUUGGGAGGCGGGACCUGCGUCUCAGCCGGACUUCAUAAGCGUGGAACCCCCCCUGCUGACGGAUAUGAAGACCCCCACGCCGCAGCCAUGUACCUGUAUCUCCUGGGGCUGCUGGUUCUCUACAAGCUGUACCGCUGGUGUAGGGAGCUGCCCCGCGUCCCUGACAGGGGCACCAAGUAUGUGUACAUCACCGGCUGUGACACCGGCUUCGGAAACCUCGCGGCCCGCCAUCUGGACAAGAAGGGGUUCAAGGUGAUCGCCUCGUGUUUCAGCGAGAGGGGAGAAGAAGACCUGAAGAAGUCCUGCUCCGGCAGCCUGAUCACAACACACCUGGACGUGCGCUCCAAGGACAGCGUUGCCAAAGUUGCGGCGCUGAUCAAGGAGAAAGUGGGGGAGCACGGCUUAUGGGCUGUGGUGAACAACGCCGGCGUGUCCGUCCCCUCGGCCCCCUGUGAUUGGCUGACCAUCGACGACUACAAGUCCAUGCUGGACGUCAACCUCAACGGGGUGAUCGCGGUGACGCUGAGCGUCCUGCCGCUAAUCAAGAAGGCCAGGGGACGGGUGGUCAACGUAGCAAGCGUGUUCGGAAGGAUCAGUCCUACAGGGGGACCGUACACGGUCUCCAAGUACGGCGUGGAGGCCUUCAAUGAUAGCCUCAGGCUGAAUAUGGCGCCUUUUGGUGUCAAAGUCCUGUGCAUAGAGCCGGGCUUCUUCAAAACAAACGUGACUGACGCCACUAUCCUGACCAAAAACGUGACUGCGGUGUGGGACAGACUGCCACAGGACGUGAAGGACGACUACGGAAUUGAAUAUCUACAAAAGUCGUUGGGCGUAAUAAAAGACAAGGUAGCCAAGAUCAGUGAUGGGGAUCUGAUGAAGGUGGUCGGCUGCAUGGAGCACGCCGUGUCUGCCGUCCAGCCCCGCACCCGCUACUCCCCCGGCUGGGACGCCAAGCUGUUCUGGCUGCCGCUGUCGUACAUGCCAACCUGCGUCUCAGAUUAUAUCCUGGGAAGUCAAGCUGUUCCAAUCGCCAAGAAAUGAAUUGGGCUUUUUCAUUUUUUACAUCAAUGUGUAUUCAGCAAUACAAGAUUACCAGUGUAAAACUGAUCCUGAUAAAAGCUUUAUUCUUAUGACUAGAAUAACCAUCAUGAACAGGGCAAUUAAGUUGGCCUUUGUAUCUCUUCUGAUUGCAUAUGAAAGACUAUACUUAUUCAAGGCCACCGUAUCUACAGCUCAAUAGCUUUGAAAGGUCACGGAGGGGCAAUAAAAGAAACAUCCAUA